AUGGUCGAACGACCACAACCGCUACCUUCGUCUCGGUAUCAGACUCGAAUCACUCCGGGGGCUGUAGUAUGUUCGGAGUGUGAACUUUCCGGUGAAGUUACAAUCGGUGCGAACACGAUUAUUCAUCCAAAGGCUCGAAUUCUCGCGGAGGCUGGUGCAAUUCAGAUUGGAGCAUUCAAUUUAAUAGAGGAGCAAGUGGAAAUCAUCAAUCGUGUGCCGGAUUCCGUUCUGAAAAUAGGGGACCAUAAUGUGUUCGAAGUUGGCGCGCACUGUGAGGCGGCUGAAAUCGGGGACAACAAUGUAUUCGAGGCAAAAAGUAUGGUUGGGCCUCAGGUUCGUAUAACCAACGGAUGUGUGAUCGGGGCAAUGUGCUCUCUAACCUCAAACGAGACUCUGCCUGAGUGUACGGUCAUUUACGGAGAUGAGGUAUGUGGUAGUUUGGUGUCUUCUUUGAUUCGUUUUGGCAUUCACGAAUGUAUCUGGUUUUUCUUUUUGUUCUCCGAGUUGUACAACAGGCCGUCGUCGUGUAGCCAGCGAGAGACCUCCUGCCCAGACACNCAGACACUGCAGUUGGACUUUCUGACAAAAAUCCUACCAAAUUAUCAUCACUUAUUGAAAGCCAGUCGUCCGUCAAAUGUGGGCAGUGCAUUCGCUUCACCAAAAGCCGCUCCAAAAUGA